UCCACUUGCUGCCUGAGUCAGUGAGAGCCUGGGAGUGGGAAGGCAAGUGGGGUACACCACCAUCCCAGCCCCCUGGCACCUCCCAAGUUCUGGGUGAAAAUCCUGGGUGCAGGAUAGAUUUCCAGAUGCCAGGCACAGCUAGGCAUGACCGUGAGAUGGCAAUCCAGGCCAAAAGAGACCUGGCCAAAACCACUGACCCUGUAGAAAGACUUCGCCUCCGUUGUUUAGCAAGGGGAUCUGCAGGCAUCAAAGGACUUGGCAGGGUUUUUCGGAUCAUGGAUGAUGACAACAGCAGGACCCUUGAUUUCAAAGAGUUUGUGAAAGGGUUAAAUGAUUAUGCUAUGAUGAUAGACAAGGAAGAAGCACAAGACAUUUUCCGGGUAUUCGAUAAGGAUGGGAAUGGAAUAAUUGAUUUUGAUGAAUUUCUUGUCACACUGAGACCUCCCAUGUCAAAUGCAAGAAAAGAGAUCAUCAUGCAGGCAUUUAGAAAGUUAGAUAAGAGUGGGGAUGGUGUCGUAACGAUUGAAGAUUUGCGGGGAGUGUAUAAUGCAAAGCAUCAUCCCAAAUACCAGAAUGGAGACUGGACAGAAGAUCAGGUUUUCAGGGCUUUUCUGGAUAAUUUUGAUUCACCUUAUGACAAAGAUGGGAAGGUCACAACAGAAGAAUUCAUGAACUACUACGCUGGAGUCAGUGCUUCAAUAGACACAGACGUCUAUUUUAUCAUCAUGAUGAAGAAUGCUUGGAAACUCUGAUCAUAUGAUUAGAGGAAGGAGGCUUGGCUUCCACCUUUUGUAGGUUCCAAUUAUUAAGUGUAUUCACAACACCACACUCACUUGCCAUAAUAAUACCUUCCAGUAACUUCAUCCAUUACAGUCAUUCUGCAGAAAUAACUCCCAGAUGCUUUGGUGAGCUUAACCUCAGGGGAUCGGAGCACAAUCAGAGAGCAGACUUGGUAUCUAGUCUCUUUUCAGAUCUGUCCCUUUUCUCCCUCUUUUCUUUCUGAGAUGAGCUACUUACUUCUUUAUAGAUGUCUGCAGUAGGUCCCUGUGGCCCCUGAACAUAUUCUUUCCUUCAGUGUUAGAUACAGCUCUGUUUGACAGAAGACACAAGAGGAAGAAAUGGAAAUAUUCUGGAAAGGUCAUGGUCUGGGGCAAAUUGUUACAAAUAUGAGGAACCCUGCCCCAGAAGGGCCAUGCAGCCCUCUUGUCUGUAGCACUAAAGCAUCUCUUGCGUCUGACAGGAGGGAGCAACUGUUCGGCUUGCGCUGGGAACAUUUGACUUUCCAGUGCUGGUGGGAGAAACAAAUCAAGAAGGGGAAACAUGGACCAGAAUAAAUGGAAAACACUCUUUAAAACCUUGCUUACACCU